AUGCGUUCAACAGCUGCGCUGUUUGCCGUCUCCGCCCUGGUCUCGUCCGCUCUGGGAGCGACGUACCCCCUCAAGGACUCGUUCGUCGGGCAGGGCUUCCUCUCGGGUUUCUCGCACCAGGCGAUCCCCGACCCCACUCACGGCCGAGUGAACUACGUGGAUCAGCAGACCGCUCUCGCCACGAACCUCUCCUUCGCGACCGACGACACGUUCAUCAUGCGCGCGGACUCGUUCAACGUCGUUGACCCGUCCGCGCCCGGACGGAACUCGGUCCGCAUCCAGAGCAACAACCAGUACACGACGCACGUCUCCGUUUAUGACAUUAGGCAUAUGCCCCAAGGUUGCGGCACCUGGCCCGCGGCUUGGGAGGUCGGCCAGAACUGGCCCGCCCAGGGCGAAGUCGACAUCCUCGAGGGCACGAACGACAUCGAGCCCAACCAGUCCACACUGCACACCAGCGCGAACUGCGCGAUGCCCGCUAGCGGUCUGGCUCAGUCUGGCAAGGCGGUCACUACCAACUGUGACGUCGCGGCGAACGGCAAUGCCGGCUGUGGUGUGCAGGCCACGGCCCCGAGCAGCUAUGGAAAGUCGUUCAACGGCGCGGGCGGAGGCUUCUACGCAAUGGAGCGCACGUCGACCUUCAUCAAGGUUUGGUUCUGGUCGCGGAACGACCCCACCGUCCCCGCGGACGUCAAGACUGCCGGCGCCACCGUGAACACUGACGCCUGGGGUACCCCGGAGGCGCUGUUCGUCAACGACCAGUGCGACAUCAACGCGCACUUCGGUCCGCACAACAUCGUGAUCAACCUGACGUUCUGCGGAGACUGGGCCGGCCUUCCCCAGUUCUACAACACAUUGGGCAACUGCCCGGGAAGCUGCAACGACUUCGUCAACAACAACCCGAGCGCGUUCAACGACGCCUUCUGGGACAUUGCCGGGGUGCACGUGUAUGAGUAG